AUGAUAAACACACACGAGUUCAACCAACAGUCACCUUUCAAGCAAACACAGUGCGGUUCUGCAAACAGCUACAACCUCACUAAUACUACUCAAGAUUUAGUGAAGUUUCAGUUACAAGAACAAUACAGAUCUUCUUUGAAUGUAGGUUCUGAAAAACAGCAGGGCCUGUCUCAAAACCAAUACCCCUUGCAGGACGCAUUUAACCAUCACUUGCAAUCAAAUGCUUCAUUAUACCCUUCCUUGACAAAUAACGUACCAAGCUUAUCUUCGACGCCCACCUCCACGGAUGACGAUGAAGAAGGCGACAAUACAUCCUGUCUUGACUCAUUUUUACAGUCAACCAAGCCAAACUAUGUGAAUUUGAGAAUAUUGGUUGAAAACGCAGCCUUUGACUCAAGUCAAUUUGGCAAAGAGUCAAUACUACCUUUAUAUGAAGUUCAAAAGCUAAAACAAAAAGUUGAGGAGAAAUUAGAGUUGCAACAAUACUUGCUUUCCAAAAUUGCCUUAUCCCAGCAAUUCAUCAAUGAAGUCAUUCAUAAAGAAGGUGUGGUGGAGUCUGAAAUUUUACUACGAGUCAUUAAAACCUUGUCUUCAUUGCAAUCAAAGUUAUUAUCCAACAAUAAGGAAUUAGACGAUGCUAGAGAAAAAGUCAACAACCACAACUUGUCGUGCAUGCUUCUAGGCUAUAUCGAGGAUGUGAAGCGCAACCGUUUUGAUGGACAGCAUGUGUCAGAAGGCUACUUGGAUGAAGACCAGACGGGAAAAUUUUCAAAUUCAGUCACGUCAUCACCAACAAGACGAAUCCAUACUUCUCCUAAACUUUAUGAGUCACUCUCAGCACAUCUUGCUAGUAUUGCCGUUCAAAGAGAUGUCACACUUGCUCCACCUCCUCCACCCCCUUCUUCUCCUGAAGAAGAUCUUGACACCAAGGUCCAGUGGUUACAACAAUGCAUUGACGCCAUACUUUUGAAGCCCGUGACGUCACAAUCAACGGAAGAUACCUCUUCAAUUGCCAACAAUUCAAUGUUGGAAAAACUGCUCACGACAUCUUCCUCCUCAGAUACAAAUAAGACUCUUACCGAGUAUAAAACAGCCUUGACGGAUUUGAAAUUUUCCUAUCAAUACUUGGCCAAGGAAUAUGAGCUUUCAAGACUUAGUUCGUCAAGGCUCAUUCAAGACUACAGAAAGAAACUUGACAAGUUGGAGAAGGACAAAGACGUGACUGAUCUGAAGUCACACCGCAGCUCUUACUCGUCGUCAAUGCCUCUUGGUAACUCCGAUUCCAUUGAGAACAAAGAUAAAGAGAUCACAAAGCUCCGUAAAGAGCUCCAUUUGCUAAAAGUUGAUCAUAUUGGAGCCUCCAAACGAUCUUCUAUGGCAACGCCGUUGAAGUACAACAGUGGCGAAUUUUCGUCACCGACGCGUACCCUGGGUAAAAGCUCAAACACUAGUGACGAGGACGACGUGGCACGUCAAAUUCUGUCUACUGUAUCGAGGGGAACUGCAGCAACAACGUCUGCAAGUGGUGUCAGUAAUAGCAUAUUGAGGAGCGAAUUUAAGAAAAUAGUCAGUGAGAUGCAAGAUUUCUACGAACAGGAGUUGGCAGAGGAGCGGAUGAUGCGAAGGAAAGUAGAGGAGGAGUUCAACCAGCUCAAGAAAGGAACAUAUGAGAGAGAGAGUAGUUAG